UAAUCUGACCUCUGAAUCGGACAAACUGUGGAGCCGCAGAUUAUAAAAUGUGUCGUGUAUAUAAUAUAAAAAAAAUAUGUUGGGGAAACUUUUUUUUUAUUUAGGUUGAUAGUUUGUCGAAAAUCAGAAAAAACAUAGAAUUUUGAUAAGGUGAAUAAUGUUGACAUGGUGUAGAUUACAUGUUUUAUAUCAGACGAGGGUUCCCAUUCUUGUGAGAAACUAUGCUUCUGCAUGGGAUGACAUGCCACGGAUCACAAUGCCUCAGAAAAUGGUGGAACAACUUACAAAACUGAAUGCACGCAAGGCAAAGGAAGAUGCCCUAAGAAGGAGACCAAAAUUAAACACACUUCUUAUAUCAUCUAAGAGAAAAGACUAUACGUUUUAUAAAGGACAAAAAUUUGAUGCAUUUGAUCCAAAGCAGUUGGCAUCACAUGGUUGGAAACAUAGAGGAUGUAACUAUGACUACUUUACACUGGUGUGUCAUAAACCUAAUCCAUCAGUUGUUGACAAAUCUGAAGCAACCAGUUUUGAAGAGUUUGGUCUUGAUAAAAGAAUUUUAGAGUACUUACAAAGUGAAGGUAUUAGCAAGCCUACUAAUAUUCAGAACAUGGCAAUUCCAGAGUUACUUGGAGGCAAACAUAUGAUAUGUGCAGCUGAAACAGGUAGUGGGAAGACAUAUGCAUAUCUAUUACCUAUAGUUCAUAACAUACUUCAGCAGAAGAAAGCUGGUAUGCUAUCUGAUGACAUCAAGAACUCUCCUCACACUAUUAUAGUUGUACCAGCCAUAGAGCUAGCCAAUCAAAUCAUGAAAGUUUGUGAGAAAAUGGCCAAGUCAAUACCUUUCAAACCAUUUGUUAUAGACAGGAUGAGUAAUAAGGUACUAUUGCAGAGUAAUGGAGGUCAAUGCAUAGAUGUGUUAAUCAGUACUCCAGGAACUUUGUCAACUUUGUUUAAAGCAAAAUACAUGCAUGCUUUGAAAGUGACAUGUUUAGUACUGGAUGAAGCUGACACUUUACUUGAUGACAGUUUCUCUAAGGAAAUUAAAGAAAUUCUUAGACGACUGCAGGUAGGAGAAAGUUCUGCUAUUGGUGACAACUAUAUCAAUGAAGGUGUUCAGGUGUCACUUGUUAGUGCUACAUUUCCUCAAGGACUAGAUGAAACUGUUGGUGAAGUGCUACCAAUUGAUAAUUUCUCACAACUAACAACAAAAAAUCUUCACCAUUUGAUGCCCCAUGUUCAACAAAAGUUUAUCAAGAUGAAAUCAGCAGACAGACUUGCAACACUGUUAGGGAUAUUGAAGAAGAAAAAGAAUCAGACAACAAUGAUAUUUUGUAACAAACAAAAUGCUUGUAUAUGGUUGAGUAACAGUCUAGAGGAGAUGGGGGUAAAUAAUGUAUGUGUUGCUGGCAAAGAUAAGACAAAGGAGAGAUUUAGACUAUUUCAAACAUUUAUAGAAGGAGAGUCAGACAUUCUUGUAUGUACAGACAUUGCCUCAAGGGGAUUAGACACAAAUAUGGUUGACCAUGUGAUCAAUUAUGAUUGUCCUAAUCAUAUAUCAGAUUAUAUUCAUCGUGCCGGUCGUGUAGGACGGGUGGGGUCGAGGAAUACAGGUCAGGUGACUACAUUUGUCAUUCACCCGUGGGAUGUUGAUCUUGUCUGGAAGAUUGAGAUAUCUGCAAGGAAACAGGUAGAACUGAAUAAUGUCAAUGCAAACAUCAAAGCAGCCAUUAAACAAUCAAGACCAGCCAAAAAAGGCAUGCAGUUAAAGGAAUCUGAUGACUGAACCACUGUCUUCUAAAAAAAUAUUCAGAAGAAUAUUUGACGGUACAAGACAAACUCCAGCAAGAAAUUAUUCAUAGUAAAACUGAAGACUAAACAACUUUUACUUUGAGAUUUAAUUUAAUCUCAAAUGUCAGUGUUUACCAAGCUGGUCAUAGAAUUACAAGCAAUGAAUUGUUGAGUUUGUUUACUGGAAUUAACCUGGUGUCGUUUUUGAACAAUUGAAGGCAUUCUCCAU